AUGGCACCGAAAUCUACACCUCAAAUUGUAUUCGGAACCAUGACGUUUGGGACAGGCGUGGGGGGACGCAUUUCUGAUCUUGGAACAGUGCAAAAAGUGUUGGAUGUAUUCUCUUCGCAUGGCGGAACGGAACUGGACACCGCUCGUGUGUACUGUCAAGGAAACACUGAAGAAGUAUUGGGACAGCUCCAAGUCCAGAAAAAGUACAAACUGGCAACAAAGGUGGCUCCUCAGAAGCCUGGUGAUCACCAGCCCGAACGACUCAAGGCACAAUUCAGAGCCAGUUUGAAGGCAUUAAAGACAAACUAUGUUGAUAUCUUGUAUCUACAUGCUCCAGAUCGUCCAACGCCGUUCGAAGAUACUUGUCGUGCCAUGAACGAAUUACACAAAGAAGGUCUCUUUGGUGAAUUCGCGAUUUCAAACUACUGUGCUUGGGAGGUAGUUGAGAUUUACAUGAUCUGCAAGGCAAACGGAUGGGUUCUACCUACAAUCUACCAGGGGAUGUACAAUGGCAUAACUCGGGAUUGUGAAGACGAUUUAUUGCCCUGCCUCAAGAAGUAUGGAAUUCGAUUCUAUGCUUACAAUGUCGGAGCAGGUGGAUUACUUUCUGGCCAUUACAAGUUUGAAGAGACACCAACAGAUGGUCGAUACGGCGCUCAUUCACAAGGGGCCCAGUAUAGGCAAAGGUACUGGAACGAUACCUACUUCAAGGCAAUUGACGUGGUCGUGAAUGCUUGCAAGAAAGCAAACAUUACACCAAUUGGAGCAGCUCACAGAUGGUUGUUGCAUCACAGCAAGCUCGAUUUCAGUGAUGCCAUCAUCAUUGGCGCAUCAAGCGUUAAACACGCUCAAGAGAACUUGGACGCGUGUGAGGCAGGUCCACUUCCUCAAUCGGUAUUGGACGCAUUCGAUGAUGCAUGGUUACAAAGCAAGAGUCUCUGCCCUACGUACCACCGAGGAGGCCCAGUGCCUCGCGCAUUCUACGGCUCUCCACGUCUUUGA